GGUGGCAUCCGAUGCAUACCCAAUACCUUUCAGCCCUGCGUGCAGCCGAUCCGGUCCCGCCACACCUUCGGCUUCUCUCCCUGCUUCUUCCGAUUUCACAACAUCCCACGCCAUCCUGUUCGAUCGUAAUCAAUACAAAUCUCCACGUUAGCAUUCUUCCCGUGCCCGUCUCCGCUUCCGCUUCCCUUCGUCGCCGGCGAAACCCCAAUGCGGCGGAGCUGAGGCCAAGAUCCGGAUCGCCGCCGAGAUCGAGAUAGUGGGAAGCGGAUGGGGAACACCUGCGUCGGCCCGAGCAACGCCGGGCGGCACGGAUUUUUCCAGUCCAUCUCCGCCACCCUCUGGCGCACCCGCUCGCCGGGCGGCCCGGAGGUCCUCCCCCCUGCCACCUCCGCCGGCACCGCCGCGGCGGCCGUCGCCCCGGACAAGCCGCCGGAUCCGGUCAAGAUUCCCGACAAGGACCUCAAGAAGCCGGCGGCGGCGCCGGCCCCCGUUUCGGAGGAGCCUCAUCCCCAAUCCUCGCCCCCCAAGAAGCCCACCCAAAUCAAGCGAGUCUCCAGCGUCGGCCUCCAGAUCGACUCCGUCCUCCAGCGCCGGACCGAGAAGCUCAAGGACCUCUACAGCCUCGGCCGGAAGCUCGGCCAGGGGCAGUUCGGCACCACCUACCUCUGCGUCGAGAAGGCCACCGGAAAGGAGCAUGCUUGCAAGUCCAUCGCCAAGCGGAAGCUCGUGACGGAGGAGGAUGUUGAGGACGUGAGGAGGGAGAUUCAGAUCAUGCACCACCUCGCCGGCUACCCCAAUGUGAUCUCGAUUGUUGGGGCUUAUGAUGACGCUGUAGCUGUGCACCUAGUGAUGGAGUUGUGUGCUGGGGGAGAGCUCUUUGAUCGGAUCAUUCAGAGGGGGCAUUACUCGGAAAAGGCAGCUGCGGAACUUGCAAGGGUGAUCGUCAGUGUCGUGGAAGCAUGCCAUUCAUUAGGGGUCAUGCACCGGGAUCUCAAGCCCGAAAACUUUCUUUUUGCCAAUCAGAAAGAGGAGUCGCCACUUAAGACGAUCGACUUUGGGCUGUCCAUUUUCUUUAAGCCAGGUACAACGUUUACAGAUGUUGUUGGUAGCCCAUACUAUGUUGCUCCCGAAGUUCUGCUGAAACAUUAUGGUCCUGAGGCAGAUGUUUGGAGUGCAGGAGUAAUUAUAUAUAUCUUAUUGAGUGGGGUUCCUCCAUUUUGGGAUGAAUCAGAGCAAGGGAUAUUUGAACAAGUUUUAAAAGGUGAUCUUGACUUUUCAUCAGACCCAUGGCCCAGUAUCUCAGAAAGCGCAAAAGAUUUGGUUCGGAGAAUGCUUGUGAGGGAUCCCAAAAAGCGAUUGAAUGCUCAUGAAGUUUUAUGCCACCCUUGGGUCCAGGUUGAUGGUGUAGCUCCUGAUAAGCCUCUCAAUUCUGCUGUCCUAAGUCGAUUGAAGCAAUUUUCUGCAAUGAACAAGCUUAAGAAAAUGGCCCUUAGGGUCAUUGCUGAGAUGAUGUCUGAAGAAGAAAUUACAGGCCUGAAAGAAAUGUUCAAGAUGAUAGACACGGAUAAUAGUGGUCAAAUCACAUAUGAGGAACUCAAGGUUGGUUUGCAAAGAGUUGGUGCAAAUCUCAAGGACACCGAAAUUUCAGCUCUGAUGGAAGCAGCAGAUAUUGACAACAGUGGGACUAUCGACUAUGGUGAAUUUAUAGCUGCAAGACUGCAUCUAAACAAGAUCGAGAGAGAGGAUAAUCUCUUUGUAGCUUUUUCAUAUUUUGACAAAGAUGGGAGUGGAUAUAUCACUCAAGAUGAACUCCAAAAAGCCUGUGAGGAGUUCGGCAUAGAAGAUGCCCAUCUUGAAGAGAUGAUUCGAGAAAUAGAUCAGGAUAAUGAUGGACGAAUAGACUACAAUGAGUUUGUGGAAAUGAUGCAUAAAGGAAAUGCUGGUUUUGGCAAGAAGGGUCAGCAAAAUAAUUUAAGCUUUGGUCUUAGGGAGGCACUGAAGCUUGGAUAAAAGUGAUUAGUUGUACGGCAGACCCCAAAGUAUUAAGCACUUGUGCCAGAUCUGCCGGACCAUCCUAAAGCCGAUAGUGAGGUUAUGCAGAGUGUAAAUAUUUAAUUGUUGGAAAAAAGGGGUUUUCACUUACAUGAGCAGAUUUGCCUGCAAGUGAAGAACAAAUCUCAUGUUCUUUUUAAGCAAAUCUGCACGUAACAGAUAUUCGAAUUUCAACCAGGGCUCAUGUGUGUUAUGUUGUCAAUAUUUUUCACGAUUACAAUCAGGGACCUUCUCUGGUGUGAUUCUAGCACAAAUGAAGGGGGGAACCACUAGAUAUUGGAAUGCCAAGGCCUAGCCAUCCACCAGCAUUUACAAGUCUCCUUGGCAUGCAGAAUGUAUGGUUAAUUUGAUAUUAUUAUUCGGACUGCUGUAAAUCCUGGAUCCACUCACAAGAGCCCCCAAGCAAAAUGGCAUUGAAUCUACAUCCAGUCAUGUUUUGUUCAAGUUAGAUUUACUUUGACGUGCUUUUCCUGGAAUCCCAUGACUGCUCAAUCGUACCUAGAUAUCCAUCAUCCUAGUAGCAGAUAGUCUUUUUUAAGAUUUUGCUACCGUAAUUUUUUGAUAGGUUUUUCUGCCUUGCCAACCAAAAUUUCUGCUAUGUACACUGUCGAGGAAGAAAUGCUUAACAUUCAUUAUAGGUCACAAAUCUUGUUCGGCUUCAUACGUAUUUAUAUUAUUAUCAUUUUACUCAGCCGUAAGCAAAAUGAUAAUAAUACAAAUAUCUGUGAAGCUGGAUAAGAUUUGUUCCAUAUAAUGUGUUUCUCUCAAUAUGCAGUAAAAAUGUUAAUAUUUCUUUGAUGACAAUCAUAGGCAUAGCAAAUAUUUUGGUUGCAGUGGAGCCAAGCCUAUUGAAAAAUCACAAAUGCAAAACCUUUUGAAAAGUUUUAGUUGCUAAGGGAGCAAAAUCUACUGACCUUCCCACUUUCCAUAGCAAAUGGUUUUUUGUAAGAUUUUGCUCUAAUUUUUCCUGUACAUGUUCAUAAACUAUGUAUGCGGGAGAAGAAAAAUGUCUUAAGCGCUUUUGUGAUGAUGGGAUGAAGUGGAUAUGUGAUUUAUGCAAUGAUUGAGAACAUAUAUGCAAACUUUCGGUUCAAAACUA